AUUGAAAGUAUUCAUUUCACUAUGAGCCAGUUACACAAAGCUUUCAUAAGGAUACAGUACGAUGUUGGUGAAGGUUAUUGUGCUAGCUGCAUUGGCUGUUGCCAACUGCCAGGAUCAUCACACGUUUUCACUAAAUACAGUUAUAACUCAUGAUGGACCAAAAAAAGCAGAUGCUUUAAAUUACUUUCUACCGGUAUCACAAAGCGUGCCUAUUCAACUAGUAUCGUCCGUACAACAAGCCCCAGCAAGAACUAACGGUCAACCUCAGCAUGCCAAAUACAAUUUUGACGAUAUCAAUAACUACUUCAUACGUCCCCAACCUGCACCAAAAAAUCCUGCACCGGUACACGAAAAUAUCAUUGACGUAACUUCACCAGCGCCUUCUCGUCAUGUUUUAGUUCAACAAAUUGCUCCUCAAAGAUUUCCUGUACAGCAAGUUGGACAUAUACAGCCUUCACAAAUCCAGAAUUCAGUGCAAAUUCAACAUGGCUCAAUAGUUCAAGUGCCACAUUUAAACUUGCAACCUGUACAUAUUCCAAUUCAACCAGUUGAAGUUCAUCAAGUUCCUAUUCAUCACGAGCGUCAACAAAUAUUACAUCACGAAGAAACCAAUGGACUUAUCGGAGAAUCGCAGGGACACAAGGACGCUUACGAGGACCACUACGAUGAUUAUUAUGCCAUUCCCAAGUACACGUAUGAGUACAAAGUGGAGGACCCUCACACACACGACAACAAGUACCAGCACGAGACCCGCAAUGGAGACGUAGUGAAGGGUGUCUACAGUCUGCACGAGCCUGAUGGCUCCGUACGCACUGUCGAAUACUUUUCCGACAAGAAAACUGGAUUUAACGCUUACGUCAAAAAUUCAGGAGUCACGAAGCACGUCGAGCCGUAAUUAUAAAAUAGAUUUAUUCAUCUUUAUUUAUUUGUGCAGUCAAUAGUUCAUAAGUGUUUAAUAAAAUAUACCGUUUGUAACAAUUUG